AUGGCCUCUCUCCUCCGGGCAACGACCUGGGGCCUGUGCCCCUGGAGGGGCUACUGCUCCAAGGGGACGCAGGGUGCACUCAGCGAGGGCUUUGUGGCAGCCCUGAAGGCAGUGGUGGGGCCCCCUCAAGUGUCUAUGGCUGCUGCCGUCCGAGAGCAGCAUGGGCAGGACGAGUCCAUGCACAGGUGCCAGCCUCCAGACGCUGUGGUCUGGCCCCAGAAUGUGGACCAGGUCUGCCGGCUGGCAGCUCUGUGCUACUGCCAGGGUGUGCCCAUCAUCCCCUUUGGCACCGGGACAGGGCUUGAGGGUGGAGUCUGUGCUGUGCAGGGCGGUGUCUGCAUUAACCUGACCCACAUGGACCGGAUCGUGGAGUUGAAUCCCGAAGACUUCUCAGUGGUGGUGGAGCCUGGCGUCACCCGCAAAGCUCUCAACACCCACCUGUGGGACAGCGGCCUUUGGUUCCCUGUGGACCCAGGUGCAGAUGCCUCACUCUGUGGCAUGGCAGCGACCGGGGCCUCGGGCACCAAUGCUGUGCGCUAUGGCACCAUGCGGGAAAACGUUCUGAACCUGGAGGUGGUGCUGCCCGACGGGCGGCUGCUGCACACUGCGGGCCCGGGCCGUCAUUUCCGCCCCAGGCCUUGGGCCAGACGUCCAUCAGCACGUGGCCUGGGCACUCACCUGCCUUAUGUGUCUCCGGGGUCCAGGAAGAGCGCAGCUGGCUACAACCUUACGGGGCUCUUUGUGGGCUCUGAGGGAACACUGGGACUCAUCACAGCCACCACCCUGCGCCUGCACCCUGCCCCUGAGGCCACGGUGGCCGCCACCUGUGCUUUCCCCAGUGUCCAGGCUGCUGUGGACAGCACCGUGCACAUCCUUCAGGCUGCAGUGCCUGUGGCCCGCAUUGAGUUCCUGGAUGAUGUCAUGAUGGAUGCCUGCAACAGGCACAACAAGCUGAACUACUCAGUGGCACCCACGCUCUUCCUGGAGUUCCACGGCUCCGAGCAGGCCCUGGCAGAGCAGCUGCGGCGAGCAGAGGAGAUCACCCAGCACAACGGGGCUUUCCACUUCUUCUGGGCCAAGGAGGCUGAGGAGCGCAGCCGGCUCUGGACAGUGCGGCACAAUGCCUGGUACGCGGUCCUGGCCCUGCGGCCGGGCUGCAAGGGCUAUUCCACUGACGUAUGUGUGCCCAUCUCCCGGCUGCCAGAGAUCCUGGUGCAGACCAAGGAGGACCUGAAGGCCUCGGGACUCACAGGAGCCAUUGUUGGGCAUGUGGGUGAUGGCAACUUCCACUGUAUCCUGCUGGUGGACCCAGAGGACCCUGAGGAGCUCCAUAGGGUCGAGGCCUUUGCACAACAGCUGGGCAGGCAGGCACUGGCACUCCACGGGACAUGCACUGGGGAACAUGGCAUUGGGCUGGGCAAGCGGCAGCUGCUGCAGGAGGAGGUGGGUGCCGUGGGUGUGGAGACCAUGCGGCAGCUCAAGGCCAUGCUGGACCCUCGAGGCCUCAUGAACCCAGGCAAGGUGCUGUGAGAGGCUGUAAGCACUCAGCCCACC